ACUUAACUUGGUUCGAUAGAGGAUCAGACAAGUCUAUAUAUGUAUCUCUUUCUUCUUUAAAAAAAAAUAGAUUGUUUCAAAGUUCUUAAGAAAGGUAGAGCAAAUGAAGGGAAAGCGGGACAGCUGAAGGAAGUGGCCGCUAAUAAUCCUAUUGUGCUCAAGUGGGAGAGAGGAGAUCAUUUACAGUUGUAUACAGCGCAAACAGCAGAGUCCCGGAAAAGAAAGCCAUGGAUUUGCGUGGAAAGCUUCUGCAACUACUGCUACUUGGGUUCGUAAUUCUAGGAGCAACAGCAGCAUCUAUUCCGAACUCAAACUGCGUACGUAUGUGUGGAGAAGUAGAAAUCCCCUACCCGUUUGGAACAAGCGAGGGCUGUUACCUUGACAAACCUUUUCUCAUCACGUGUAACCACACGUUCUCUCCUCCAAAACCAUUUCUGGACGUUGACUUACCUGUUGUGGACAUAUCAGUACCAAAAGGUGAACUCCGAGUCUCAAACCGCAUAGCCUUCCUCUGCAAACGUUAUAAUCCAAUUACUGCUAAUACAAAUAAUCCUAAUAAGCCAGCUGUAUCAUCUUGCGGUAGGCCUCCUAGAUAUAGUGUUUGCUUGCCAAGUACUUCUGUGAACUACAACGAAAUCUCUGCCUUGCGUAAUUUGUCAAGUUUUCGCAUCUCCGAAACGAGGAACAAGAUCACUGCUGUUGGUUGUGAUGUUUAUACGUAUAUUGAAGGUUCAGAGGGACAGAAGGGCUUCACCACUGGAUGUUUAUCACUCUGUGAAGAAAAUGUCAAUGAGGUUAACGGGUCUUGCUCUGGCAUUGGCUGCUGCCAGACUUCUAUUCCAAAAGGAGCAACAGGGUAUAUUUUGAGCGUUCGAAGCUUGAGCAACGACAGUACCAGUUUCGGAUCAUGUAGUUACGGCUUUAUAGUGGAUGAACAAGAAUACAAAUUUUCCUCGGAUUUCACAAACUUAAAGAAUACGACGACUGUACCCCUGGUGCUUGAUUGGGCAAUUGGAAACAAGACAUGCAAAGAUGCUCAGAAAAAUAAGGGAAGCUACGCAUGUAAGGCAACGCAUAGUUAUUGUUACGAUUCCACCAACGGCCCUGGUUAUCGUUGCAAAUGCUCCUCAGGUUAUCACGGGAACCCAUACCUUCCUGAUGGACAAGAUGAUAGUUGCCAAGAUAUUGAUGAGUGCAAGCUGGGCCAUUUGAAACCAGCUUGCAAUGCCACUGCAACAUGCAUCAACACUGAUGGAAAUUACACAUGUACUUGUCCCAAGGGGUACGAAGGCGAUGGGAGGAUAGACGGAACAGAUUGCAGGCCUAUAGUUGGCCAAUCUAAUAGUAAGAUCAUCAGCAUUGCAUUGGGUGUCAGCAUAAGCCUCUUAGUGCUCCUUGUAGGAACCUCCUGGGUAUAUUGGGGACUCAAGAAAAGAAAACUCAUUAAACUUAAAGAGAAGUGGUUUCAGCAAAAUGGUGGCUUAAUGUUACAACAACGACUCCAAAAUCACACAGGAUCUAUGGAUACAACAAAAAUUUAUAGUGCAGAAGAACUUGAAAAGGCAACCGACAAUUACAACAAAAGUAAUAUCAUCGGUCAAGGAGGUUAUGGAACUGUUUACAAAGGAGUGUUGGCAGAUAACAAAGUAGUUGCUAUUAAAAAGUCCAAAAUUGGUGAUCAAAGUCAGAUAGAGCAAUUCAUAAACGAGGUAGUUGUGCUUACUCAAAUCAACCACCGGAAUAUUGUCAAAUUGUUAGGUUGUUGUUUGGAAACAGAAGUUCCUUUAUUAGUCUAUGAGUUCAUAACAAAUGGGACACUUUCUGACCAUAUUCAUGAUAAAAGUCGGUCAUCCUUACUCUCAUGGGACAAGCGUCUGAAGAUAGCUUCAGAAGCUGCAGGAGCCCUUGCAUAUUUACAUUGUGAAGCUUCUAUGCCAAUUAUACAUAGAGAUGUGAAAACUGCAAAUAUACUUUUGGAUGGUAACCACAUAGCAAAGGUAUCAGACUUUGGAGCUUCAAGACUUGUUCCUCUAGAUCAAACACAAUUAACUACGUUGGUGCAAGGAACAUUUGGGUAUUUGGAUCCAGAAUACUUUCGUACUAGUCAUCUUACAGAAAAAAGUGAUGUCUAUAGUUUUGGUGUUGUUUUAGCAGAAUUAUUGACAAGUAAGAAAGUAAUUUCUUUCCAUAGGCCAGAAAGUGAGAGAAAUUUGGCGACAUAUUUUGUUUCUAUGGUAGAAGAGGAUCGCCUUUUGGAAAUUCUUGAUGAUCACAUCUACAAUGGGAGUAAUGCUGAAGAAAUAAAAAAAGUUGCUGAUGUUGCAAAAAGAAGCCUUAGUGUUAAAGGAGACGAUAGGCCUACUAUGAAAGAAGUGGCAGUGGAACUAGAUGGAUUGAGAAUUAAGGAAAAGCAAAGAAGAAAAGAAGUUGAUCUGGAAAAGGAAAGAAGGAAAGAAACUAAUCUCAACACAGAAGAGAUAGAGUAUUUUUUUAGUGCAUCCACACUCUUCAAGCAUUGAUGUUGGCGUUGGCUAUUUUUCCACAAGUACCAAUAUUGAUGGUUGGGAAAUCGAGAACUAAAACCAACAGAUGAUGGCCGAUAAUCUAUUAGUCCUUAAGCCUCAAUUAGCCAACAUCUUCCUCCAAAUCAAUGUAUGAUGGUAGAUUUCGGUCUCUUUGCAUGCAGUAUUUAAGUUUUCUCCAUCCAUAUAUAUAUAUAUAUAUAUAUAUCUUUCUGUCUAUUAAAAGCUCUCAUGGUCGGCUUUGUAUUAUUCGGAGCUUUUGUUCGUACGACCAAGCAAGUCCAGUACCACUACUGCUCAUGAAUUGGUGUCCGCUUUGAGAGUUUUCAUCAUGUAUAUAUGUUCUACGUUUUUAUUUGUGAAUUAUGGCAGGGCAGAUUGAUUGUAAUUUAAAUAUUUGUGUU